AUGGCAGAAUCUCUUGCAAAUGUGUGUCUGGAAACCCUUCGUGAUUUGCUGGUUGAAGAAACCAAGUUUUUGCUUAGUGUGAGUGGUGAUGUUGAGAAAGUGAAAAGAGAUUUGAGAAGCAUCCAUGCCUUGUUGAAGAAGGCUGAUAGAGAUAGAAGCGAUUCUCCAACUCUAAAGAGUUGCAUUUCCGAACUCAAAGAUCUUGCUUUCAAGGCUGAGAAUAUGCUUGAAACAUACCACGUUGAAGUUCAAUCCAAAAGAGAAGGGCGGAGAAGCCUCAAAGAAAAAUUCCGAAGGUACAUUUGCAUCAUUAGUGAGUGUUGCAGUAUCCACAAGGUUGGGAAUGAGGCUCGCGACAUAAUAUCUGCCCUGGCCGACCUCACUAAAAAGUUAGACUCGGAGUUUGGACAAAAAAGCUCACCUGUUUCGGAGGAGGAGGAUGAGAGGCAGCGCGAGUUGAGACAGAUAUAUGCUCACGACGUGGAUGCUGAUUUCGUGGGCAUGGAAAAAGAAAUCGAGCUUUUGGUCUCCAAGGUGAAGGACGAAACCAGAACAAAACGAGUAGUGAAGAUAUAUGGGAUGGGUGGUCUCGGAAAAACUACUCUCGCCAAAAAGGUGUACAACCACGCAGACCUCCAAUCUUACGCUCGAGCAUUGGUUUGCAUCACCCAAAAGUUUCAACUUAAGGCGGUUUUUGGUGAGAUUUUGGAACAAUUUGAUAGCAGCGCACAAAUUCGUGGCAUGACAAAACGCGAAUUGGUGGCAAGAAUCUCUAAUUUUUGCGAGGAGAGGAAAUGUCUGGUGGUGAUUGAUGAUAUUUGGGAAAUUGAUGAUUGGGAGAUCAUAAGGCAAGCUUUUCCGCCGAAUUGUAAUGUAAUUCUCACCACUCGCAAUAAGGAUAUUGCUAAUCAACAAUCUGAACCUUACAAGCUGAGAUUUCUAACCGAAGAUGAAGGGCAUGGAGAAGGUGUUGGAAAAUAUGAAAGAGUAAAUCAGGUGUUGGAGUUAAGCUAUGAUGCCUUGCCUUAUUACUUGAAACCAUGCUUCCUCUAUUUAGCAUGUUUUCCCGAGGAUCACAAGAUUGAUACAGAGAAAUUGUAUUUAUUGUGGAUGGCGGAAGGCUUCAUUUCAUACCAAGAUAAAGGACCUAACGAGACUCUAAGAGAUGUGGCCCAAAGAUAUCUAACUGAACUUGGUAUGAGGUGUAUGGUUCAACUCCAUAGAGAUGAGUACUACUCUCCACUUAACAAGUUCGAUACAUGUGGGCUUCAUGAUUUGAUGCAUGAUCUCUGCUCUUCUAAAGCUGAAGAAGAAAAGUUUCUGAAGCGCAUUGAUGCUUCUAAAUAUCUGACCGACAUUCUUUCACCAACUCAAACAAGGUUAGUAAUACCUCCAUCCAUUGGCAAUUCCAUAAGCAGAUUAGCCAUCAGUUGUGACUUCGAGCGUGAAGUGUCAGGUAUAAAUGGGUUAGAGGAAGUUAAAGGUCUUAGAUCAUUUAUACUUCUCCAAAAGUCUUAUGGUAUGAUUGACUUCAAAGAGAGUACGAUUGACUUUAAGAUGUCGCAAUACUUGAGGAUAUUUGUGGUAGAAGGUUGUGAGUUUGAAGGGGGAAAGUUACCAAUCAAGAUGUGUGAAGAUGAAAAGACUAAAGCAUCUGUUUCUCCCAUUUCAUGGCAUAGAAGUGAUUGGAGGGGAGAAACUAAGACUAGAUGGGCUACACGAGUUGGAGACAUUAGAAUGGAUCAGCAGUGA